CCUCCAUCGUUCUGUAUUAUACGUUCUCGCCAAUUGCAACAAAAUAACAUUAUUGUCACAUGUCAAAACGUUGUUGUUGGUCGCAGAAAAUACAACACGGUUUAGUAUAUUGAAUCGGAAACGUUAAAAUCGUCUCCAAUGAUUUGUACAUUUGUAGAACUGCGCGCGGUGUUAGUCUGAGGGGAUUUCCAAGCAUGGCCACCGACAACAGAAUUCAUUUCUGGCGGAAAAACGCAAAGGUUCCAGGGAGUAUACAACCAGUUUAUGGAGCACAGCAUCCUCCCCUUGACCCCAGAAUACACCGCACGUUUCCUAAAGACACUCCAAAGGCAAAUAAUCUCAAGUCCAAAAAGGCGUCUAGUUUCCACGAGUUUGCCCGCAGCACAAACGAUGCCUGGGACAUUGAUGAUGAGGAGGAUGAGGACUUCUUAGCUCCCAUCCAUCCCUCAUCUCUCCCGCCCACCCUGCACUCCACACACCAGGUACAUCCUCUUCCUCCACAACAACCCAUUAACACCACCAUUGAGCCAGACACAGGGCCAGGGCCUGCAGACCGACUGGCUCCCCCGACAGCAGAGGUCCGUCUUCAGCAUGAGGAGGCCACAGACUGUGGACAGAUCAAUGGCAGAGUGGUGGUGAAGUCCAGCAGUGAGGCCCUGCUCAACACCAAUACAGUGCGUUCCACUCUGCAGAAGCAACAGUCUCUCCCAGUCCGCCCCAUCAUCCCGUUGGUCGCCAGAAUCUCUGACCAAAAUUCAUCGGGGGCCCCAAUCAUGACAGUGCGAGACAAGAGUCGAUUGGACAAAUUCAAAUACCUUCUAUCCUGUCCUAACACCGACCUCGAGGAGCUCCGGAAGCACAGCUGGUCAGGCAUUCCAAGAGAAGUGAGGCCCAUCACAUGGAGGCUCCUCUCUGGUUACCUCCCAGUCAACAUGGAGCGCAGAGACCUGGUGCUGAAGAGGAAGAGAGAUGAGUACUUUGGUUUCAUUGAACAGUAUUACCACUCCAGGACAGACGAGACUUACAAAGACACAUAUAGACAGAUCCACAUUGAUAUUCCGAGGACAAACCCACUAAUUCCACUUUUCCAGCAGCCUGCGGUACAAGAGGUGUUUGAGAGGAUCCUCUUUAUCUGGGCUAUCCGCCAUCCAGCCAGCGGCUACGUCCAGGGAAUCAAUGACUUGGUCACUCCAUUCUUUGUGGUAUUCCUUUCCGAAUUUGUUGAGGAGGAUGUGGAGAAUUUUGACGUAGCGUCCAUGCCUCUUGACACCCAGAGGAACAUUGAGGCAGACAGUUUCUGGUGCAUGACAAAGCUGCUGGAUGGAAUACAGGACAACUACACUUUUGCUCAGCCAGGGAUUCAGAACAAAGUUAAAGCUUUGGAAGAAUUGGUCAGCAGAAUCGAUGAGGACAUACACAACUACUUUAAGAGGUAUGAGGUGGAGUACCUGCAGUUUGCUUUCCGCUGGAUGAACAACCUGCUGAUGAGAGAGCUGCCUCUACGCUGCACCAUCCGCCUCUGGGACACCUAUCAGGCUGAACAAGAGGGCUUCUCCCACUUCCACCUGUACGUCUGUGCUGCUUUCCUGAUCGAGUGGCGCAAAGAGAUCCUCUCCAUGGUCGAUUUUCAGGGUCUUCUCAUGUUACUCCAGAACCUUCCCACAAUCCACUGGGGGAACGAGGAAGUAGGCCUUCUCCUGGCUGAAGCAUACAGACUCAAGUAUAUGUUCGCUGACGCGCCCAAUCACUACAAGAGAUAGGUCUCUAUGCCACUGGUUCUUAACCUUUUUUAAAAACCGUGGCACACACCUUGAUAGGAUAAAACAUUCUGCUGCACACCUGCAAUUUCCCUAUUCAUGUAGUGGUAAUGGCAUGCAUCUCAUAUGAUCCAUACUGCAAAUCAUCUAUUUUCUGUGACAAAUGUUUUUUACAGGUUAAAUGGAGUUCAUUUGAUCGUUCCUUAAUCUGAAUGUGUGUGUACCCCUUAAAGAGUGUCCUGUGAAUCAGAGUUAGAAAUUGUUUUUUUUAGCUCCGGUAUUAUAUAUAUAUAUAUAUAUAUAUAUAUAUAUUUUUUUUUAACGGUUUGGGCUACAUAUUAACAGUUUUCUGCAUUGUUAAAGGUGCAACCACGGACACAAAGCCACGCUCCGUUUGUUUCUACGGCAACGGCUGUGGUACAGCUAAACCUAAUCAGACUUGGUUAUGCUAAUUGUUCUCACAGGCGAAGUAAAGGGAUACAAAUGGAUUUGCUCGUGAUGCGCGUCCCUCAAAUUAUACAAAUAUAACAACAGCCUGAGCGCACUGGACUUGAAACAGCCACACAGAUGGAACCAUGUGUCAUUCAAUGUAUUAUCUGAGCGCCGCUGGUACUCCCAAGUCCAAAUUCCACAGUUCACAUUCGUUAGUGUUUCCCCCCCACAAAAAAAAUUCAGAUUAGGAAAAGUUUCAGUGCACAGCUGAAAGUUCCUCAAGGAACAACAGUGUGCUGCGUCACACCGAUUGAAAACCACUGCUAUAUGCACUGGUGAACAGAUUGUAAAACAGAGUUUGAUAUGUAGGUUUUUAUUCCUCUGACAUGACUGACGGACAGACUGUAAAAAUACCUUGCACACGCGUAUAGAUUAUUCACUCAAAAACCCUGCCCUGAACUACCAUUUGUACAAUAUUUUUCUUGCUGUCUUUCUCUGUUAAUAAUUGCAUUGGAAAGUUUCAUUCCACUGACUCUGUAGUGUAUUAUCUUAGAGCCACUGGCUCGAACGUCUCAGUAGUAGGCUGUUACAAUUCACGCCGUAGGCAUCGAGUAGGGUCCUGACAUACAGCGGUGAGUUCUGCUAUUGGAACUCACUAUUGUACUGCUGUUGGAACUCUAUACUGUACUGUAUAAAUGACUGGUAUUUUAAUCUUGGCUUGGCUAAUCGGUUAAUGGGCCAGUUCAAAUUAAUUUAUACUGGCAUUAAAUCAGUAUUGUUUGUCUCAAAAGUUUUAACUGAACUCUGAAUGGAUGAUGAUGACUGUUUGAUCAACCUUCAAGUUUCAGAGAGAAUAUACUUGAGUUAUUUUGUUUAUCGUUUGUUUAUAACAGAGUUCUGUGGUAAAAACUAGUCCUCAUAUUUUUACCACUUUGUCCCCACUUGUUCCCGUCAUGGAUAUAUUGAGUCCAGUAAAAGGCCAGUCUGAAUAUCUAAUGAAGAAAUGGUCCAAUGUAGUACAACAAGAUACAGGAGGUGUCACAGCUGCUACUAGUAGCCGCUCUGUAGACCAGGAAAGGGUACUUUAUUUCAGGGCUUAUAUAUCGGGAUGCCAUAUUGAAUCCCAAGGCCUCUAAUGUGAAUAGGAUGCGAAUGGGGACCUUCAAUUGUUGAUGUAUUGUUGUGAAGUUUGGACUAGAUAUAAAGUAUUAGUUGAACUAGAUAUAGCUGGAUUUUAUCAUCUUGAUUAUUUGCUAUUUUGUUUAGUAAUCGUCAGACUUCAAUUUUCUUUCUAGAUUAUAUGAAACUGUGGCACGUAUGAAAGUUGAUCAAUUGGAUCAAAAUGAAUUUGUCAUUUGCAACUGAAUGAGACUUGUCUACCCUUCAAAUAGUGUAAACCUGAGGGGGAUCUGACACUACCAAAUGUAUAUUAUGUAUGUUUGUGGUGUUCAUAACAAUGCAAUGCAAAUGUUGCUUUGUCUAUUUCCUCUUUCUGAAGACAUAUACAAACCAGUGCAAUCUAAAUCAACAAUCUGCAACACAAUGUCACGACCAUCCAGGAAGUUCUUCAGACAGUAGAGAAAAUGACUGUUCUACUUCCUGUUGUUUGCCACAGCAUCUACUCUUAUGUACUAUGGUUAACUUAAAACAGUUGUCUGUAAACUUUAAUAAUUAUAGAAGUGAAAAUUGUGUAUAUUAAGAAUUCAAAUGUUCAGAUUUGUUAUAUAGUAAAUGACUGUGUUUUGCCUUGUCUCUGAGGGUUGCUAAUGUUGAUGGGGAUUUUCAGAGGCAACUUUUAGUAAGCCUCCCUACACAGUUUCUUGAUCUAUUGAAAACGGUGUCCUGUGAUAUCAACACAGCUGUAUUUCAAGCCUUUGUUAUAAGAAUGUGUAAUGCACUCUUUUCUUUUACUGUCUAACAUGGAAAACAAAUGUUGUCAUUUGACCUUUUGUUUUGUGUCAGUUGAUAUUGGGGUUAUGUAGUAGCCUACCAGUUGUUAUUGGGGUUAUGUAGUAGCCUACCAGUUGAUAUUGGGGUUAUGUAGUAGCCUACCAGUUGAUAUUGGGGUUAUGUGGUAGCCUACCAGUUGAUAUUGGGGUUAUGUAGUAGCCUACCAGUUGAUAUUGGGGUUAUGUAGUAGCCUACCUAUUCAUAUUGGGGUUAUGUAGUAGCCUACCAGUUGAUAUUGGGGUUAUGUGGUAGCCUACCAGUUGAUAUUGGGGUUAUGUAGUUACCUACCAGUUGAUAUUGGGGUUAUGUAGUAGCCUACCAGUUGAUAGUGGGGUUAUGUAGUAGCCUACCAGUUGUUAUUGGGGUUAUGUAGUAGCCUACCAGUUGUUAUUGGGGUUAUGUAGUAGCCUACCAGUUGUUAUUGGGGUUAUGUAGUAGCCUACCAGUUGAUAUUGGGGUUAUGUAGUAGCCUACCAGUUGAUAGUGGGGUUAUGUAGUAGCCUACCAGUUGAUAGUGGGGUUAUGUAGUAGCCUACCUGCUGUGACCUCACUUAGCUGAUGUAAAGCAGGAAUAGUAAUUACAUUUCCAACCUUCAUAACCAUUUCUCUGCUAUGGUAGGAAAAAUGUGACAGUCAUUCUUUAUCUUUUAUCAUUCUUGUAUUCAUGGUUGCAUGUUUCGUCACAAUAUGGUUUUGAACGUUUGUUUUGAACUGAUGCCCGACUGAGCAUUCUACUCAAUGCAUUAGGGCAGAUGGAGAACGUUCAUAAGAAUGGUAUGACGCGACUGAGUGACGGAGGUGCAACCUAUGAAUUGAUUGGCAUUUAGACUCAGUUUCAACAAUAUGGCUCAAAUUAGUUUUGUCAGGUUUUUUGUGACCCUAUGACAAUCUAACAUAAUAAAACUGAAGUACAUUUUUUCGUGCAUCAGUUUUUCUGGCACAAUCUGAAGAUCCUGGUUAGUUUUUCAAUAAUCAGUGCUAGAACAGUGAGCUUGGUGGUAUUGGAUGUGUAAUCAUGAUAAUGAGAAAACUGAAGUGCCAUAACUUUUGUACCAGUAUUAUUCUCAUAUUGGUUUUUAAGAUCACCAUGUAGUUCAAUUAGGAUUUUUUCUGCAAUUAAAUCAUCUAAUUGUCAUUCUACUUUAGAUUUUUGCUUGUUCCAGGUACACAUUUUACCAUGUCUUCUCAAGUCGGUGUUUUUGUGGGAAAAAUGCAGACUUAUGUUCUUAGUUGGCAUUUUCACAUUUUAUAAUGAUUUGUUGGUGUAUUUAAAUAGUUGCCUUUCAGCCUUAAACUGUGCUCUGUCCUCAUUUGUUUAUUUGCUAAAAAAAAAAAUCUGACUUUGUGUCAUUUUAAUUUCAUUCAUUCUACGAUUGUAUUGUCGCGUUGUUUUAUGGUCAUGCAAAGGUUGCAUUUUGGUUUUAAAAACAGGAGAUAUAGGACAAUGAAACCUGAAGUCAUUGUCUAAAUUCAAAUUUCCAAUCAUUCAUUUGUCUUUUUCUAAUCUUCAGUGCCAAACUAUUCGGCCAAUAAUGUUUUCAUUCAGUUCCAUGCUUCUGUAGUCAUUACUGGUUUUAGCCUUAAAUGGAGGAAAUAUUACAGUAUUCUGCUGUAUAUGAACUUUUUGUUUAUAUUAAACGAUUAUUACCCUU